AUGAUUACUCCAUUUUUCACAAUAACUCAAGAUGAUGAAUUCAUUCGUUUACAAGUGAAGAUAUCACAUGCCAGGUUCAAUGCCAAAACGAUUGAAAUGGUCGCCGAUAGUCAAUUAUUUAUCUUCUCAUUACCUCCAUAUUAUUUGAGAUUAAGAUUCCCUUAUAAUUGUGUUGAUGAUGAAAGAUCUCAUGCUGAAUUUGAUAGCAAAAAUGAAUGUGUUGAUAUCAGAAUUCCAAAAGAGACCAAGGGACAAGAUUUCCCUGAUUUGGAUUUAACAGCUAAAUUAUUAGCCCGUAAUAACGAAGAAGAAGUAAAAAAACCUUUGAUUCAAGAAUUAGAUAAUAAUGAUAUUGAACAAGUAAUGCAAGAAGGUGAAGAUUUCAAUUGGGAAAUAUCUCAAGAUAAUCCCGAAGAGAAGCUCAUGCCUUCUACAAAGUAUGGGUUCGACAAUCAGUAUAAUGACAUAGUGGGAGUUUCAAUCAGUAAUGGGAAUGAUAUUAACGAAUUAGGGGACCCUGAAAACACUGACGACAACCAAAGAAUCUUAGAAAGAUUAAUAAAAGAGAAUAUCAAAUUUGAUCCAGAGUACUAUGCUUCUGAUUAUUUGGUUGAAUUAGAAGAUGAAGAUUACAAACAAUUGAUUCAAUGGAAAAAUCCAGUAACUGCUAAAUUUAUGAAAUGGUAUAAGAAUAAACUUGAAGAUGAGAACAUCAUGCCUAUUGAAUUCACUAAAACUGAACAAGAAAAGAUGUUAGACUUACCCAAAAAAUCAUACUUGUUAUCAACCAAUCAUAAAACUGAAUUAUUAGUAUUGUUAGUAUCCUUACUUUUUUCAUAUCAUUUUGAUAUGAGAGAGACUGAUGGUGAACAUAAUACUGAAAGUGCUUGGACCAUAGGUAAAUUAACUCCUCAAUUGUCGUUCUUGGACUCCAAGUUAUCCAUCAAAAAUGACUUGAAUGAUGAUAACUUAUUAAGAUCAGCUGUCAUAACAGGUAUCAGAAGAUCACUUUGUUAUCCUUUACAUAGAAAUUAUAAUUUCGCCAUGAAAUGUUGGAAUGAUGUUUAUUAUAAUUUAAGAGGUGGAAAAAGAUUGAUAAUCCAAUCAUUAAUUGAUUGUAAAGAAUUAUUUCGAUUCCAUGAUGUUUACUAUGUUUAUGAUAAGAUCUGGUUACAAGAUUUAACCUCAUGGAUUAUCAAUGAUGUCAACGAAUCAAUGAUCAGAGUAUUAGCCCACGAUUUGAAACGUGAAUUAGAUAAGAUCCUGAAAGAAGAAAUAACAUUUGAAAAGCUCGAUCCCUCCAAAAUGGAUGAAGGGGAUAGUGACGAUGAAGAUGAUGAAGAUGAAGAUGAAGACGAAGAUAUGAUUUUACUAAAUUUAAAAGAGAUAGAGUUAAUGACCCAAUAA